CUCACAUGAGUCUCGAUCCUCUCGAUCGACACAUCUAAUCGCAUCUAAUUGUAUGCAAUCGGUCGUAUAAAGAGCUACAAAGAGUACAAAGUGUUGUGCAGAGAGUGAUUAUGUCCAAUGGAUAUGGGGAAGGAAGCGGUGAAAAGCUAUCGAAUUCAUCCACAUAUGAAGAUAAAUUGUCACUAGCAAGCUGUUUUGUGAAAGACGAACCAAGUUCACACAGUGAGGCUUGUCCUUCAUGGUCACAUGAUGGUGAUCAGGCUGUCAACAUAAAAGUUGAAGAAUUCUCGGAUAUAGAAGAUGGGGAGAAGCCUGUGCCAAUGACAGUUGUAGGAAUAAAGGCUGAACAUGAGGAAGAUGUACCAGGCUCGCAUAGUGAGGGACUUGCAUCAUCUUCUCAUAGUGGUGCUCAAGCUAUCAACAUAAAAGUUGAAUCAUCAGAUAAUGAAGAUAAUGAGGAUACUGUGCCAAUGACAGUUGUAGGAAUAAAGGCUGAACAUGAGGACUGUGCAUAUUCAGAGGAAGAUGUCCCAGGUUCAUGUACUGAGACAUGUCCUGCAUCUUCUCAUGAUGCAUUCCAGGCCAUCAGUAUAAAAGAUGAGGUGUCAGAUGUUAAAGAGGAAGAGGAAGAUCCAGUGCCAAUAUCAUUUCCAGGAAUAGAGGCCAAACAUGAGGGUGUUGUGAAUAAGGUUCAAGUCAUACACAGUGAAUUUCCAUUUUCCUGUGAUGUGUGUUAUAAAUCGUUCACCCGUAGCCAUGGUCUGAAGCGACAUCAGCGAAUGCAUGCUGCAGGCCGGUCACUUUUCUGUGAUGUAUGCAAUAAAACAUUCAGAAGUGGAGGAUUUGUAAGUAGAUUGGAAGAAACUGCAGGACAGCCACAGACAAGCUGUGCUAAGAAGAAAGACGAAAAAUGGUCAGCGUGCUAGGAAAAUGGAACCGUGGAAAUACAAGGCGCUAAUGUCUUUCCUACUGUCUGACCUAACUCCACGGCAAACUGAAUCCAAUAUCGACGUAGUUGAGGAAACUGAGGAGUGUGAGGAUGGCGUGGGACUCAUGUUGGAUGAGAAAGAAGAAGAACAAACAGAAUCAGCCUUUCAAAACAGAAGAGAGAGCGGGAGUAAAAACUGCAGGAAGUUUGGGAAAAGGUUUGACAAGGAAUGCAAUGUUGACAAAGUAAUCACAUUCUUGCAGGAGAAGGAAAGGGAUAGAAAACAACCAGGUGAGCUUAAGUAUUUCUUUGCCAGUGUGUGCGAAAGCACCAAGCGCCUUCCUCGUUUUCAACUAAGGGUAAAGCAAGAUGUUAUAAAGGCAAUUUUAAAUGCAGAAAUGGAGUGCUUGGGCACUGAGUCAUCCACUUUUUCAACCGAAUUCUGCCAUCAAGCACAACCUUCUCCUGCUGCUAGUCAGUCUUUAUCUGAAGCCCAUGUUGCGACAACGGGCUACAAUAAUCAGGUGCAAGAAAACACUUCAAAUCUUUCAAAUGGAAAUGCAGGAAGCAAUGACAGUUCAUUUUUAAUGAUGAUGUCAACUAGUACACCUUCUGUGACCUAUAUGUAGCAUAUAGUCUUUGUUAAAGGUCAGAAAUAAAAAAAAUACAAAUAAACUAAUUACUAAAACACAUGGUCACUCACCUCAAACAAACAGCCAGUCAUUCCUCUGCUGAAAUAGUUUCUCUGUGGUUAAGUUUCUUCUUUUCGAUUUCAUCCUUGAUAAGCGAUAAAAGAUUAUUAAAUUGAUUCGUAUUCAUUUGGAAAUAUUCUUUAAAUUUAACUUCAUCUUCAUGUAACUGCUUAAUCAGAUGAUGAAAUUCACCAAACUUUGUUAUUAAGUUCACGCCAUGCACCCACUUCCUUUUACGUUUACACAAGGAAAGUAACAGCAAAAGCUCAUCGUCGGAAUCAUCGCUGCCCCCCACGGCACACUAUCGGCCAACAUCUCAUUCAAGACUGAGCAGUUUCGUACCAAACAUAGGUUUCUGAGUGACCACGUGGUGUAGCGAACAUAGCAUAGUGCUCUGUGUGGCCGCACCUUAAGACACAGCAGGCUAAGAAGACUUAAGUGUGUUUUCUAGUGAACUGUAAAGUGUUUGAAUAGGUGAAAUGGUUAUGAUUACUUGUAGUGACGGAUCUAUAAGAGUUCAUUACAUUCAAUUACCAAUCCAAACCCCAUCUGUAGUUGCUCUUACACAUGAUAUUAUGUAAGAUUCUCCAUGAAGUGCAGACAACAUUCAUCGAUUCUUGUCUUGACGGAGUUAAGUGCCAUUGGAAAUCUGCUUCCAAUUAUAAACUAAUUUCCCUAAGUGAUCUCUUUCCACAAGGUAUUCUGACUACAGUUUAUAAAUAAUCGAUGUCUGUCCCAUGCACGUAAUAUAUCCAGCUCAUGCAGGCCCUCCUGUUAAAUAGCAAUGUCCCGACAAGAAAUUAUAAAGGGAAAAGUUGUUUGCUAUAUUACCUAGACACUCCAUUUUAAUGCUAAAUUCUUUAGAUAUCAUUAGCAAAAAGUUAUGGCAGUACUGUCUUUGUGACAUGAUGGUGAAACAGUGAUACAUUUCCAUGGCAGGGGGAAGCAGUAAUAGAGACAGGUACUCCAAACAGGAAUAGUGAAUGAAAUCAUUGUGUUUUAAUGUACUCUUAUGGAACAGUGUUGGAGUGUAGAAGACUGACAAAAUGUUGCAAGUCCACAGAUCUGCACUUGCAUAUAGAUCACUGAAACUGUUUAUACGGUUACUGCAGUAAGUGUUAGAUUUGGUGUGCCUAUUGCUCACAAGUGAAUGCAGUGCUGAAUGCUAGAACACACGUUACAAUAUUGCUGGGAUAAUGGUUGCUCACACACAUACAGGUAUUGUUCUGGAAUGCAGCAGUGUUUUAUGGUGAGUCGCAGUACACCACAGGUACCAAGUGAUUACUUUUCCUCCACAAUAUUCCGAAACGACCAAAAUCUUCUAUGGCCCAGAACUUGUUAGACACUAUAUAAGAACAGGUCCCACGUGCAUAAAUCUGUAUCAGGUUAAGACUUCGUGAAGCCCUGGAUUAUGAUGAAGAUAAUGCAGCUAUAAUUUUUUGUACUUAACUGUAGAAAGAAUAUAUAAUAAACACUAAAGAAUUGUAUGUGGGUAGACUUUUCCUGAUAGAGGAUAAUGUAAUCAAAAUAUAUAAUAAAAUGUGUCAAAGGAACUUGUUGGCUUAUGCCAAUAGUUCCUCACAACUGAUUCUUAAUGUUCAAGGAGCAUGGAGAAAACUCAUGGUAGCACUGUCCAACUGACUUAUCUUUCAGCUUCUUUGUCUUGUACUCCUUGAAUUGCACUUGCACUUUCCUUGUGUAUUCAUGGUAAGUAAUUUAUCCCUUCAUUUGUUGCCCACAAUGUACCUUCUGUGUUCCAGGUAAGAGUUUGGAGUAGUAGUAGUUUGUGUUUGAAAGGUGGUAGCAUGUCAGUUGACUCAUGAUUUGGGUGAAAUUGUAGAACCUAAGGCACAUCUGUGUAUGUCUGAGAUUGUUUAGCUCUGUUCAGUUCAUUAUAUGGUGGCAGUAGCUAAACCCAUAUCUUCAAUCAGAAGACUUUCUUGUGCACAGAAUUAGAUAUGAAGAAAUUUGCAGGUCCUUCUGUGUAAGUUGCUUCCACACACGUCAGCAUUUAGAGGUUGUUUUCUCCAAGAUGUUCCCAUACCUUUGCCAGAUCAUGCAUUAAAAAUGACAAUUUUAUAUGUAUAUGGUGACAUGUAUACCCAUUGCUAGGCAAGAACUUGGUAAAAACAUUUUCGUGUGAGCCAGUGCACGCAAAAUAAGAUGUUUGUUGCUGUACAACGAAUCAGUAAACACACCUCCUUAAGAAUAGAGGCUGCAUUUGCCAUGGGGUCUGUGCAAAUUGGUUAUAAGGAAGUGUUUAGAAGCAGUAGGAGAGGUGUGAAGCCGGUCACGGUAGCCGAGCGGUCUAAGGCAUGCACUGUCUUCGCUCGCUUGAAAGCCGGGAUC